AUGCGCUGGCCGAGCACGGGCAAGGGCAAGAGCAAGAGUGCGGCCGACGCGAGCAAGAGCAAGAGUGCGGCCUCGCCGACGGGCAAGAGCAAGAGUGCGGCCUCGCCAAGCGGCAAGAGAAAGAGCGCGGUCUCGCCGAGCGGCAAGGGCAAGAACAAGAGUGCGGCCUCGCCGAAGGGUGGCAAGGGCAAGAGCCAGAGUGCGGACACGCCGACGCCGACGGGUGGCAAGGGCAAGAGCAAGAGUGCGGGUUCGCCGACGCCGACGGGCAAAGGCAAGAGCAAGAGUGCGGGCUCGCCGACGCCGACGGGCAAGGGCAAGGGCAAGGACAAGGUCGUCGAGACGGCGCUCAAGAGGCCAGCGGCUGCGGGCAAGGGCAAGGACAAGGGAACGAGCAAGACGGCGCUCAAGAUGCCCGCGGCCAAGGCGAACGCGGAUGAGGCUCCCGAGGAGAACUGGCACCUUGAGACUGCCUCCUACGAGGUUCUGGGCGACCUCGUGACGCUGAAGAAGAAUCGGAGGGAGUACGAGAAGAUCACGGAGGCCAAGUGGCAGUGGAAGUCCGAUAAGAAGUGGUGCAUGUUCGUGAUGCUGACGGACAGGAUGGCGCUCCCGCUGGUGGAGCCUCUCGGGGCGGGGUCGUCAGCCGAGGCAGGGGCUGUCGUGAUCCACCGCGUGUUCACGCGGGCCGUCAAGUACAAGGUCGACAACAAGGGCGCGGCCGAGCAGAUCCGCGCCGAG